UCGCCGCGCACCUGCUGAUCUAGGAGCGCCCGAGGAUGUCCACUCUGAGAAAGGGCUUUUGAUGUGAACUCCUUUGGGACUACUUUGGUCACCCCACCGGCAUGGACACUCCUAAGGAUCUCGAAGCUGUUGCCCAACUGCAUCGUACGCCAUCGAGUCUCACUAGGGAAUGCUCAUUUUUCCAGUCUCUUCAGUAACAGGGAUAAUAAAGACAAGUAUGAACUGCUGGGGCACAGAUAGGACUUUAAAAAGGUGACAGAGGAAGCCCAAGUCCAAAACAACAAAAGAAAGGAGCAAGAGAACUGACAGAGCAUUCAGAAUGUUUUCUGUAUCUACAUAGAGAAAAUCAUGAUGCAUGUGAUCCUUGAAGCACCACCUUUACCCUUAGAAGAAUGUGAACAGCCUUCAUAUGUAAAGAAAGGAUCAAAGAAUGUAAACAGACAGGUUCUGCCCGGCAUUCUGCAGAAGCAUUGCUGCAUAUUACCAGACAGGAACACAGAGUCUCAGUGCACCCUCUGUGGGGAGCCAGAAGAGGAAGAAGGAGGAGACCUGGCCCAGACUGGCCUCAGCUUUCCUGGUCCAGCGGAAGAGGACAUAGACCAACAGUAUUCAUGGUCUCCAACGCAGCACUUCAAUGAGGAAAGGUAUUCACCUGCGCCCAGGAACAUGAAAGGGUUAGCCGGAAGCCGGAACCAGCCUCAGAUAUGUGCGGGUCACACCUGCGGCUUGUCGCCCCCUGAUGACUGCGAGCACCCCCAUGACCACAUGCACCAUGGGGCAGACGUGCGGCAGCCCUACCUGCUCAGCCCAGCCGAGAGCUGCCCGAUGGACCACCAUCGCUGCUCGCCCAGGAGCUCUGUCCACUCCGAGUGCAUGAUGAUGCCCGUGAUGCUGGGUGACCAUGUGUCCAGCAGCACCUUCCCCAGGAUGCAUUAUAGUUCGCACUACGACACAAGGGAUGACUGUGCCAUGUCCCACACGAGUACGAAAGUAAACCGCAUCCCCGCCAACCUCUUGGACCAGUUUGAAAAACAACUACCCCUGCACCGGGAUGGUUUCCACACACUGCAGUACCAGAGGGCCUCGGCCGCUGCAGAGCAGCGGAGUGAGAGUCCAGGCCGAAUCCGGCACCUGGUUCACUCAGUGCAGAAGCUCUUCACCAAGUCGCACUCUUUGGAAGGCUCCUCCAAGAGCAACGUCAAUGGAACCAAGGGUGACAAUCGGGUGGAUGACCACCACCACAGCCACCACUCUAAACACAGCAAACGGAGUAAAAGCAAAGAGCGGAAGCCAGAGAGCAAGCACAAGUCUGGCAUGAGCAGCUGGUGGAGCUCUGAUGACAACCUGGACAGUGACAGCACCUACAGGACACCCAGUGUGGUCAAUCGGCACCAUGUGGACCACAUCUCUCACUGCUACCCGGAGGCUCUGCAGAGCCCCUUUGGGGACCUCUCACUGAAGACUUCCAAAAGCAACAACGAUGUCAAGUGCUCAGCCUGUGAGGGCUUGUCCCUGACACCGGAUGCCAAGUACAUGAAGCGCAGCUCCUGGUCCACGCUCACAGUGAGCCAGGCCAAGGAGGCCUACCGCAAGAGCUCCCUGAACUUGGACAAGCCCCUGGUCCACCCAGAGAUCAAGCCUUCCCUGCGGCCAUGCCACUACCUCCAGGUGCCUCAGGAUGAUUGGGGAGCGUACCCCACAGGUGGCAAGGAGGAGGAGAUACCCUGCCGCAGGAUGAGAAGUGGCAGCUACAUCAAAGCCAUGGGCGAUGAGGAGAGUGGAGAGUCGGACUCCAGCCCCAAAACAUCCCCAAAGGUGGCCAUCCGGCCAGACCCCCUGCUGAAGUCCUUUGUACAAAGACCACUUGCAGACCACCAAACCCAGAGCUACCUGCAAGCUGCCAGUGAGGUGCCUGUUGGUCACAGUCUGGACCCAUCAGCCAACUACAACUCCCCGAAGUUCCGGUCCAGGAACCAGAGCUACAUGCGGGCUGUGAGCACCCUGAGCCAGGCCAGCUGUGUGAGCCAGAUGAGCGAGGCAGAAGUCAAUGGGCAGUUCGAGUCGGUGUGUGAAUCUGUCUUCAGUGAAGUUGAAUCUCAGGCCAUGGAUGCCCUUGACCUUCCUGGAUGUUUCCGAACGAGGAGUCACAGUUACCUUCGAGCCAUCCAAGCUGGUUAUUCUCAAGACGAUGAAUGUAUUCCCGUGAUGACGCCCUCCAACAUGACCUCAACCAUCAGGUCAACAGCAGCUGUCUCUUACACGAAUUACAAGAAGACGCCCCCACCGGUGCCUCCACGGACCACCUCUAAGCCUCUGAUCUCGGUGACAGCCCAGAGCAGCACCGAAUCUACACAGGAUGCCUACCAGGACAGCCGUGCCCAGAGGAUGUCCCCAUGGCCCCAGGACAGCCGUGGCCUCUACAAUUCCACGGACAGUCUGGACAGCAACAAAGCCAUGAAUCUGGCUCUGGAAACAGCCGCAGCUCAGCGCCACGCUACCGAUGCCCAGAGUAGCUCCACACGGAUCAGCGAUAAGGCGAUCCUGGUGUCCAAGGCUGAGGAGUUCCUCAAGAGCCGCUGCUCCUCCAUUGGGGUCCAGGAUUCUGAAUUCCCAGACCAUCAGCCCUACCCAAGGUCAGAUGUAGAAACAGCCACAGAUUCCGACACGGAGAGCCGAGGCCUGCGGGAGUACCAUUCUGUUGGCGUGCAAGUAGAAGACGAAAAGCGGCACGGUCGCUUCAAGCGUUCGAACAGUGUCACAGCUGCUGUGCAGGCCGACCUGGAGCUAGAGGGCUUCCCGGGACACAUCACCAUGGAGGACAAGGGCCUGCAGUUCGGAUCCUCCUUCCAGCGGCAUUCAGAGCCCAGCACCCCAACCCAGUAUGGGGCCCUGAGGACUGUGCGGACCCAGGGCCUGUUCAGUUACAGGGAGGACUACAGAACGCAGGUGGACACCUCCACCCUGCCCCCACCUGACCCCUGGCUGGAGCCUUCGCUGGACACGGUAGAGACCGGGAGGAUGUCUCCAUGCCGCAGGGAUGGCUCGUGGUUCUUGAAAUUGCUGCACACAGAGACGAAGAGGAUGGAAGGCUGGUGCAAAGAGAUGGAGAGAGAAGCGGAGGACAACGACCUCUCGGAAGAAAUUCUCGGCAAGAUCAGGAGUGCCGUGGGAAGUGCCCAGCUGCUCAUGUCACAGAAGUUCCAGCAGUUCUAUUGGCUCUGCCAGCAGAACAUGGACCCGAGUGCCAUGCCGAGGCCAACGUCACAGGACCUGGCAGGCUACUGGGACAUGCUGCAGCUGUCUGUGGAGGAUGUCAGCAUGAAGUUUGAUGAGCUGCACCAGCUGAAGCUCAAUGACUGGAAGAUCAUAGAGUCACCUGAAAGAAAGGAAGAAAGGAAGGUCCCCCCUCCGAUACCAAAGAAGCCCCCCAAGGGGAAGUUCCCCAUCACAAGGGAAAAGUCCCUGGACCUGCCUGACCGACAGCGCCAGGAAGCCCGGCGCCGGCUCAUGGCUGCCAAGAGAGCUGCCUCCUUCCGACAGAACUCUGCCACCGAGAGGGCAGACAGCAUCGAGAUCUACAUCCCCGAGGCCCAGACGCGGCUCUGAGGGCAAGAGGUGGCCACACGCCUGGUUUUGUUCUUUUCCACAAAAUGCUUGUACAGUUUAUUGCCUACCCGGUAGUUUCUGUCUCACCCUCCACAGAUUCGCCCUCACCGUGUUCUCUGCACUGUAGACAGUGGACGCUCCGAUUCUUCAUUUGCUGAGCACGUGGCAAGACUGACCACGAAUGAGGGCGCCCUGCAGGACAGGCUUGGUGAGGCCUGACUUACCUCCCUGUUCAGAGGGCCCUGAGUCACCUCUGGAGAUGGAACCCAGCUUUCACUUUGUUAUUUAUAUUUUUAUAAAUCGUGUGGUAACUAGAGGUCACUACAAAUGGGUGCAGCUCCCCACUCUGGAGAGGCAUUAGGCACUCACGUGGAAGGUGCUGUAACCGAAAGGGUAGGAGAAACAGACAGACCCAUCUGCUUCACCCGAGCCACUCUCCCCUGCGCUGCCAGAGGUCCUCAUCCUAGCCCACCGCAGGAAGUAAUAGGCUUCUGGGUUGAGUUUGUGGCAAUAGAAAAAGGUCUCUCCAAGCUCCCCACAGCGUGGUUCUGAGCCCCCAAAAUAUCCAGCAAAGCAUCUUCACAUUCAAACUAAGUGGAAUGGUCCCCCAAGAGAGUGAUACAUGGAACAGGCUGGCAGGAGCGUAGAGAAUAAAGAGAAAAAAGAUUAAGGAAUAGUCAUAGCAUUUUUAUCCCUUUGUAACUUAAAACAUUUCACAGAGCAUUUUCUUUAAAUUUCACUGCUUAAGCUACAUGUAGUUUUUAUAUGUACUGUAUACAUUCUCCAACUGCUAUCAGGUGACUUUCCAGGGUGUCCUUUAAAAAGAAGUUUGCUUGUUUAAAAUGACAGUUGUGGUGCUGUAAACAGUAUGAGUAUGAAUGUGAGUGGUAAGUACAUCUCAGUUAAAAUGGUAAAGAAG